UAAAGCCUCCUUCCUACUGAAAAGUUGGAUAAUUGCACGUUUAAAGCCAAGAAGCAUCUUUGUUGUGAACCUUUUAGCUAAGUAGAAAUUUCGAUGCAGAGUCAUCAACAGCUUUACCCCCCAAAAGCGGUGCCCACAUUUGCAGAUCAAGUGGGUGAUAAUUACAUGCAUAUCCCAGUUGCAUCUGUUUUUGGUACUGUUUUUCGUCCAUGUGCUAAGCCAUUGCCACCUCUCCAUGGCAUCGAGUUUCAAUCCUCGGAGACUUGUCCCAAGGAUUUCAUUUUCUUCAACCAGACUGAUCAUAGAAGCCAGAUCAUGUUCAAUCCUGCUGUUGCAAACAAUUUAAAUGGUCCUGGAUUAAAUGGUUUAGCAAAUUACAUAGAUGGAAGGUAUGUCAUAAAAAAUGAGACCUCAUCUUCUUUGAAAGAGGAUUCAGAUGACAUUGAUGCACUCCUCAACUCAGAAGAGGAGGAACAAGAAGAUUAUGAUGAAGUUAGCACUGCACGGACUUGUGGUAAUUAUGAAAUUGAUUCUGAUUCUCACUCUGUCUAUGGUUCAAACCCAAGAAAGAGCUCUUCUACUCUGAAAUCUUCUGGUAGGGGUGGCUUUUGUGAUCCUGAAAAGCGACUGAAAAUGAAGAAAAUGAUUAAGGCGUUAAGGGGAAUUGUUCCGGGUGCAGGUGAGUGAGUACUGUAGCAGUUCUUGAAGAAGCGGUUCGGUACCUCAAGUCUCUCAAGGUUGAAGCAAAGAAGCUUGGAGUUGAGAGUUUCAAGAAUGGAAAUUAAACUCGUUUUGUGGUAAUGAUUUCCUCAACUUCUAAAAUUCAAGUUUAUCAUGUGUUGCAUACCCUUCUCUGUCCGGCUCUGAUGGUCUGCAGUCCAGAGAUGAAGAAGACAGGUAUUUAGAAUUAAUGUUUGUGUUUUAGUUUCCAGUUAUGCAUGUAUUAAUGGUGUGCCAGGGCAUGGAUUGCUGCUUAAACUUCUGUUCCCUUGGAAGGAAGUUAGGAUGGAAUUUGUCUUUGUAAUAUGGCUACUAAGUUCUCAGUUGCCAUCAUCUUUAUAGCACAACUAGCUGCUUUGAAUGGUAACGGCAUGUACUUUAAAAUAUUCACUAUUAGUUCCUCCUCUGCAUGAUUUCAUAUUCCA